ACUGAGAAAUGUGAGAGACAGAGAGGUAGCAUUGGAGUGACAGCAGUGCAAUAUCCUGGGUUCCCAGCGGGUCCCACCAUGCUAGCUGCCACUCCUUCUUCAUAGCUUCAGAAGUUGAGUGGAAUGAAUAGUUCCACCAGUGCCGCUGCAGCAAUGAACGACCAGCUCUCCAACCCCACCUCCAUCUUCGGCCUCCGCCUAUGGGUGGUUCUCGGCGUCUGCGUUGGCGCCGCCAUCGUCCUCAUCCUCUUCCUCAUCUCCGUCUGGUUAGCCUUCAAGCGCUCCAAAACCAACCCCGUUUCCAUCCCCGACGUCUCCAAGGAGAUCCAAGAAAUCAGGCUCGACCACGCGCCCAACCUCAACCCCACUCUCCAACCCGAACCUCCUUUAUCCGAACCUGACCCCGUUCCUCCCACCGAAGAGGAAACCACCCCCCUCGGCUACCACCGAAUCCAGUUCGAGAUUGGCAAGAACCACCGAAUCUCUUACCCCGAACGUCCCUUGGUUCGCUCCAGCUCCAAUGACCCCAGCAGCUGCGAGGUUCAGGUUCCCACCGUCAUUCCAGAAGUUUCUCACUUAGGUUGGGGCCACUGGUACACUCUCAGGGAGCUUGAAGAUUCCACUAACGCCUUCGCCCCUGAGAAUGUUAUUGGCGAAGGUGGAUACGGAAUUGUUUAUCACGGUAUCCUCAACGACAAUACUAAUGUUGCUAUUAAAAAUUUGCUCAAUAAUAGGGGCCAAGCUGAGAAGGAGUUCAAGGUUGAAGUGGAAGCUAUAGGACGUGUUCGCCACAAGAAUUUAGUCAGGUUGCUUGGUUAUUGUGCUGAAGGAGCUCAUAGAAUGCUUGUUUAUGAGUACGUUGACAAUGGUAAUUUAGAGCAGUGGCUGCAUGGGGAUGUUGGGCCUUGCAGUCCUCUAACUUGGGAAAUUCGAAUGAACAUUAUUCUGGGAACGGCUAAAGGGUUAACUUAUCUUCAUGAGGGGUUGGAACCAAAAGUUGUUCACCGUGAUAUUAAAUCAAGCAACAUUUUGCUUAGUAAGCAGUGGAAUGCGAAGGUGUCAGACUUUGGACUCGCCAAACUCCUUGGCUCCGACAACAGCUAUAUUACAACCCGUGUCAUGGGUACAUUUGGAUAUGUUGCUCCUGAAUACGCAAGUACUGGCAUGUUGAAUGAACGGAGUGAUGUUUAUAGUUUUGGAAUUCUAAUUAUGGAACUAAUUACAGGAAGGAAUCCAGUUGAUUAUAGUCGGCCUCCAGAAGAGGUGAAUUUAGUAGACUGGCUCAAGAAGAUGGUUAGCAACAGAAAUCCAGAGGGGGUGCUGGAUCCCAAGCUUCCUGAGAAACCAACCUCAAGGGCACUAAAACGAGCCCUUCUUGUAGCCUUACGCUGCACUGAUCCUAAUGCACAAAAACGACCUAAAAUGGGGCAUGUGAUACACAUGCUUGAAGCCGAAGAUUCCCCUUACAAAGAGGAUCGCAGAGCUAAAAGGGAUGCAGGACAUUCACCUAAUGAUAGAGUAGGGGAUGGGUUGAAAGAGGAGGUAACUGUGUCUGUGUCAGUUGAUGAUGGUAAGCUUGAAAAUGGGGUGUGUGCCAAUGAGACAAGAUCGAACCUUCAAAUAGAAAAGCAAUAAAUUUGCAUAGCUGGUCUCUUUAAUGGCCAAAAAAAUUGUGGCUCCCUUCACAACCUGUCAUUGCUAAUGGCCAAACAAUUUGCAUCCAUCGGGCAUAACAUACUUGAUACUUUGCUCUACAUUGUUUGUGCCUUCUAUACAUCAGAGCCUAUAUACUCUCAUAACCCACACAUCGAUAUUUCUCCGCAUUCUGUCUGUCCCGUGCCUUUUUCUAAGGGAUGAUUGUAGCCAGAGGUUGCUCAUGUAAAUUUUAGCCAUAUUGUUCGAUUCGCCCAAUAAAAGUUUAUUAUGCAUCGUUGGAUAUCAUGCUUUGAUCUGCUUUGAACACUGUUUGAUCAAAACAUACUGCAUCGUCAAUGUUGCAAUGACAAGCACCUAAAAAGUGGAGUUGAGGUGGACAAUCAUAUUAAAUGCUAAUACCACAUGCUAGUUUUUGGUUU